CAUCACAUCCCCGCGAGACAAGAUAAAAGUCCCUGCCUGGGCGACACCGACAAUAUGCCUCAGAACGAGUAUAUGGAAAGGUGGCGUAAGCUGCACGGCCGCCGCCUCGAUCAUGAAGAACGAGUUCGAAAGCGUGCCGCCCGUGAAGGCCACAAGGCUUCGCAGGAUGCUCAGAACCUGCGCGGUCUCCGAGCCAAGCUCUAUCAGCAGAAGCGACACAAGGAGAAGAUCCAGAUGAAGAAGGCCAUCAAAGCCCACGAGGAGCGCAACGUCAAGACCGCCGACGAGAAGGAGCCUACGACGCCUAUGCCCUCGUACCUGCUGGACCGCACCAACCCCUCGACGGCCAAGGCGCUGAGCAGCGCCAUCAAGAACAAGCGAGCGGAGAAGGCGGCCAAGUUUGCGGUUCCUCUGCCCAAGGUCCGAGGCAUCAGCGAGGAGGAGAUGUUCAAGGUGGUCAAGACUGGCAAGAAGGUGCAGAAGAAGGCCUGGAAGCGAAUGGUGACGAAGCCCACCUUUGUCGGACCCGACUUUACGCGACGCAACCCCAAGCACGAGCGCUUCAUCCGACCCAUGGGUCUGCGAUACAAGAAGGCCAACGUCACUCACCCCGAGCUCGGCGUGACGGUGCAGCUGCCCAUCAUCAGCGUCAAGAAGAAUCCCCAGAACCCUCUCUACACCCAGCUGGGCGUUCUGACCAAGGGUACCGUCAUCGAGGUCAACGUCAGCGAGCUGGGUCUGGUGACUGCUGGUGGAAAGGUUGUCUGGGGUCGAUACGCCCAGGUCACCAACAACCCCGAGAACGAGGGCUGCAUCAACAGCGUUCUGCUGGUCUAA